UGUUGUGUUAAAGGACACCCCAUACCCAAAAGCAUUGUAGUUCAUUGCUACAUUAUUGUGACCAAACCAUUUUUGGUUCUGAACAGGAAUUGAACUUGUGUUAUCAUAUACAGAAUAGGACUUCACCAAAGUUUCAUAGAGGAAAGCAGCUUCAUAGUUUGCUUGGGAAAUGUCAAAUUUCUAAAGGCAAGGCUCUCUGUAAGGUAGCUGAAGCUGCCUCCAUAUAGAAUAUAAAAGUUUAAAUCAGAAGUGACAAUUCUACUGAAAACAGUUUUCCCAUAUUGAGACUCUGGUCUGCAGGGGCUUGCACAGACAUUUUGAGGGGCAGUGGCCCAAACCAAAAAAAUGUGCACGAUGAGGGUAGGUUUGAGCCAGGGUUUAUAAAUUAGUGAGGUCUAGGUGGGAGUUGUGCUUCAUUGCCCCACUCAUUAUAUACACGAAACACUUUAAAAGAGACGGAUGUUUAUGAAAGAUGUUCUCUGUUUUGGAUGAAUGAGCAUUGUUAAAUUCUAUCACAUUGCACCAUUACUUUAGGUUGGGUUAUAUAAUUUGAUCAGUUUUUAAUUAUUCAUUCAGCCUAUUACUGUUAUAACUUUUAUUAAUAACAACUGCUAUAUAGAUGAUAACUUUGUCUAAUGCCUUUAUGAAUGUUGUUGGCACGACUACAAUAUGUAAUAGCAUAGAUGUAACUUGUUUAUUCUACAGAUCUCUGCACUAGUGUUAAAUGCUACCAUUCUGAUAGCAUUGAUAAGUUCUCUCACAGAUAAUAUCAUGAUGUGGUGUUGUUUUUUGGAGGUUUUUUUUUUUUUUUACGUUUGCCUUACCCUAUGUGGUAUCCUGUCAGCAAUUACAUGUCUGUGGGCUCUUUUGAUUAAUAUCAGUUUAAUUUCUGGCAGUGUUAAUGUUAUAAAAAAAACAAAUGAAAAUAUCUUUCCACCUGUAGUCAUGGCCAACAAACUCUCUGUUUAGUCUUUUUUUUUAGGAAGGCUACAACUCAACAUAUUGUUUCCGAGACAAACAAUUAAAUAUUGAAAUUUAAACUUAAUUUGGUUGGUUUUAUAUUCUUGAAGUUAACUUUAAGAAAAAAAAAAAGACUGUCUGUAAUUAUUUAUUUCACAUGGGUGAUUUUGUCAGAUGGUCAUUUUACACCCAUACUAUUUGGGUCAGCUUACCCCAAACCCGGGGCAAACUGAGCCAUGGGAACACUUUUUAAAACAAUUUUUUUAUAAGAAGCCAUAUUUUUAGAACCCUUUGUCAUAGAUACAUUAUAAUAAUUUAAAAUGAUAUGAAUACUUUUACUAGGAUAGGAUAGAUACUUUCAUUGUAUGUCUGCGUCAUUUUCCAUUAUCUUGAGGACUACAGUAAAAAAUGGCUAAUCUUACCCCACUCUCCCCAAUAUUUAAUUUAAUAUUUUUACAGCAUAAGUCUAUAUUAUAUUUUAAACAAGUAAUAAUGAUUGUAAACUAUUUAUAGGCCUACUAUUAAUAUGGUUUUAAUCAAAUAUGAUGUUAUAGAUUACUAGUAUCAAGUCAAGUGAUUAUAAUGGGAAAUAAACUUAAUUAUAAGAAUUAAAGUGUGACAAACUGCUAAAUAUUCUAUAUGAUGAUUUACCUGCUGGCUUGCUGGAGCUUUGUAUUCAUGUUUGCAAUGUUGAACUGCCUUUAGCAGCCUCCCUUCAUUCUUUCUCUUUCUGUCUUCUUUUUUUGUCUAUAAAGUGUGCCAAAUUUGGGGUUAUCUAUUUUAGAUAUGAUCAGGGUGGGGAGAUUGGUGAGAGAGGCACCACAGCCGAUGAGGGCAAAGGGGGAAGUGGCUCUAGCCACCAGGCCACCCCACUGUGCACGGCCCUGCUUGUCUGAGUAAUACUGCUGUACUUACACAGCAGAUCUGAGAUGCUUAGCAUGUCUGAGCAGUAUUAUUCAAGGUGUCGUGUUUUGCUCAGAUGCAGGGACAAAUUCUUAAGCAUUUAAUGGAUUGGUGAUGAAACAUGUUGUUCACGCUGCUUUAUUGGUCUCUUUUGUUAUAUUCCACAGUAGUCACUGCAGUCAAGGUCUCAAUCCCACUUUUAUCUAACACCAUUCAUCAGCCAGACAUUUUGCGAACCAGGCCAUGGUCAGAUUGAAAAGGGCAACAUAAUGUUACUCAAAUCCAUGACAUGAAUUAGAAUUUCUAUAUAAGAUGUUUAAGAUGCUUUAAUUGCAUUGAACAGGCUCUACUGAACAAAGAAAACACCUACAGUACGCAGACGUCAGAGCCAAGUUGAAAAGACGUAUUGUGUAGCUGGAUUCGUCAUAUGGCAUAUAUAGAAAAAGCAGUAGUGAGUUUCACACUUCCUUGUGUAACUUCAUAAUACCACUUCCUGUACAGAUGCAUCUCAAUAAAGUAGAACGUCAUGGAAAAGUUUGUUUAUUUCAGUUAUUCAACUCAAAUUGUGAAACUUGUGUAUUAAAUAAAUUCAAUGCCAUAGAACAAAGUAGUUUAAGUCUUUGGGUCUUUUAAUUGUGAUGAUUUUUGGCUCACAUUUAACAAAAACCCAGCAAUAUACUAUCUCAACAAAUUAGAAUAUGGUGACAUGCUUAUCAAUUCAAAACCCCUGCAAAGGUUUCCUGAGUCUUCAAAAUGGUCUCUCAGUUUGGUUCACUAGGCUACACAAUUAUGGGGAAGUCUGCUGACCUGACAGCUGUCCAGAAGACAAUCAUUGACACCCUUCACAAGGAGGAAUCCAUGGAAUGUUAUCUGGAGACUUCUGUUGAUUACGACCUUGCCUACACUUGCUGAAUAAGGCCCUAUGAAUACAAUGUUAGAAAGAUGAACACGUCUGAAGAGCAAAUAAACUGCACUAUAAGCCACAAGAUUCACCAGUACCUGUUUUCGUCUGCGUUCAUCCUUAUCCUGCUAGUGGGUCUUCCCGCCAACGCUUACUCGCUCUACCAUGCCUGGCUCCAACUGAAAGUCCGCAAUGAGCUGGGGGUCUACUUGCUAAACCUGACCAUAUCUGAUCUGCUGUACCUGGCCUCCCUGCCCCUUUGGAUCCAGUAUUUCUUCCAAGGGGACGACUGGAGCAGCUCUGAGUGGCUCUGUCAACUGUGUGGUUUCCUGCUCUAUGAGAACAUCUAUGUCAGCAUUGGUUUUCUGUGUUGUAUCUCCAUUGACCGCUACCUGGCAGUGGUCUACCCUUUCCGCUUCACGUCUUUCCGAACGGUACGAGCAGCAGUGCUGGUCAGUGCGGUGGUCUGGCUCAAAGAGCUUGCUGUAGGAGUGGUGUUCUUCCGGCACAAGGAGCUCAGCAGGGACAAGAACAACCGAUCUGUGUGCUUUGAGCACUAUCCCAUGGAGAAAUGGGAGUACUCAAUAAACUACUACCGAUUUCACAUAGGUUUCCUGUUCCCUUUAGGAAUCCUCCUUGUGUCAUACUUUAGAGUUCUCCGAGCAGUUGGCAAGAGUGAAGGCACGCUGUCAGCCCAGAAAACUCGCAUCAAGUACCUUGUGACCAGCACCAUCGUCAUCUUCCUGGUUUGUUUCUCACCAUACCACGUCUUCCUGCUGGUACGCACCAUAUUUGAGCGGGACUGCAACUUCAUUGAGAAAAUUUUCAACUACUACAAUUUCUCUCUGUUGCUUACUAGUUUUAACUGCGUGGCUGAUCCGGCGCUCUACUGUUUUAUCAGUGAGAGUGCCCAAAAGAGCAUCCAGAGGGCUCAGGAAACUUGCACUCGGGUCUUAUGCUGUUGCUCGAAAAGCCAUGGAAGGCUCAACAACCACUGUACUGAGCUAACAUUCACAAAUGAUAAAGUUACAGGUUCCUCAGUGGCAACACUCUUGCAGCAAGUCAAAACUGACGUUUAAACAGUUUCGUUGUAUUAGUCAUCCAUACAAUGGACAUCAUACCAUUCAGCCACAGGCUCCUCAGAUGUACAGCUGCUGCAUACUGUUUUUCAUUUUACAUGGGUUAAAACAUUAACCUACUUUGUCAGAGUCAGUCCUGUAUUUUGUUCUAAAAUUAAACUGAUAUAUUUGAUGGAUUUAGUAAGAUAACGCGCUAUUGUAAUGUGGUGUAAUUUGUCAGGGAUUGCCACCUUGAUAAUGACCAGUGAGGUUUUAUGAACCUAUAAGCUAAACUUUUUCUGUACUGUUCCAAGCCCCUUUAUCUCCAUGUGCAUGUAGCAGUUAAAACUGUCCAAGACUAAAACCAAUUCUGCUUUUAAACCUCAUUGGUUUCAGUUCUUUUAAUACGGUAUACUUCACCCAAAUAUAACAGUUCAGUCUUCAUUUACUCACUGUAAUGGCUACGGCCCGUUGUUAUCACAGGAAGUCCCUUGUUGAAGAAGCAAACUUAACAUGUCAGAUUUAGCUAUGAAGAGUGAGAAGAGAACCAGUGGCGUUUGGUUCAUUAAUGUCAAACAGGUAAAAUACAAAUUGAUGAAAAUGUAUGCAUGCUUAAUUUGAUAUGCAGGGAGGGAAAAAGUUAUAUAAAUUGUGGUGGUUGCAUGGCUUUAUAAGUUUCAUGGACCAAUGUGAUGAUGCUUCUAUGGUGCUUUUAUGAUCUUUUUGGUGUUUAACAGUUCCUGCUUACAAUAUGCUCUUAUUUUAUAAGAAAUAACAGCAUGGAAUUUGGAAUUCAACAAUAGAAAAUUAAAGUCAUUCAGGUUUGGAACAUCACGAAGGUGGUUAAAUGAUAACAGAAUUGUCAUUUUGGGGUGAAACCUUUCCUCUAAGGAAACAAUAGCAAUGAAGCUGUAUAUUUGUAUGCUUACUCACCUUUUACAUGGUUAGACAUGGAGCACACAGACAGUUAACAAAGAGAAAAGGUACACAGUGUGGGUGUGAAGGGUCAACCACCUCCGAACAGAUAAUUUUAACCUGGACAGCUAACCAAUGUGAUUUCAUAUCCUGAAAAAUUGGAUGAUGAAGAAGUGAUUGAUGGUUGCUUCCAGAAAUAAUGGAUAUUCUGUUGGCUCAAAACACUGAGGUAAAAGGUGAUGAGUGUUUGGUGCAGUGUUUAUAUUUUUAUAUGAUGGAAGUGAUCACCGCUAAUACAAGAAGUUUAAAUGAGUGACCUGAACUGAAAGAAGAGACAUAUGGUGGUGUUCUCUUUUUCCUGCUCAUUCAAACCAUGUUUACAAUGAAUAAUCAACAUGCAUGCAGAUUUUAUGUAGGCUAUAUCAAGAUUGUUUUCAGGUUUUCAUUGAUUUUAUAUAAUGACUGCUGUUCAGGUUCAUAAAUGGGACUUUUUAUUAUUAUGUGGUUGUACAAACUGUUCUUUGUUGCAUAAAUCACUGGCAAUGAUUGUAUUGUUGCACAAUACAUGGAGGCAGAAAUGUCGCUGUGAUGUAAUGCAGGGGUAAAAAAGUACAGCGAAAUUAACUGUGAUUAUAGGUACUGUGUUAUCUAGCCAGAUUCUUGUAAGAUAGUAUGUUCUCUCUCUAGGUGUCUGUUAACUGAAUUUUGGUUAUGCUAGCUUCGAGAGCACAAAAUACUGAAAAUAAUAAGUAAAGCAAACCCUUGCAGCAAAUGUAUGAUAUGUGGUGCAAAAAUAUGAUUAAAUCUGUGUUGCACUUCC